ACGCUGGCAAGCAGCGUUCGGCACCUCACAUAAGUUCGUCAGAGUGCAUGCAGCUACCACGUGACGCAGGCAGGAAGGGGCGUGGAAUCCUUUAUGUAGCUUCAUCUUCCUUCUCCACAAGAAAGAAGACAGCUGGUAUCUUCCCUGAGCAAGUAGGCUGAGAUGAAGGUGAAGGCAGCAUGAUGCAGCUGUGCUUGUGUGUGGCCACUGGAAGACACCGAUGGCAUCCCUGCAGCAGGUGAAUGAGGCAUUGGGGCAGGUGGUGACAUUCCUGGCCCCUCUGGUGCCUCUCAUUGGAUGCCAUAUGGUGGAUUUUCUGACGCUGAGGCACUGGGACAACCUCCUUUCCCCUCAGAUACAGCAUGACCUCCUUAGUCUUCCCGCAAGUGUCCUCCACCAGCUGCCGUCCGCUACUCUGCCUCACGCUUGGAACCAUGCAGAGGCAGGCAGCAGUGAGCCGUGGAAUGUGUCUUCCAGUGACCUGCCCACCUUUUUGUCACAGGUGCGCAGACACUGUCCGGCGGCCCUGGGGGUGACAACGCCCAUUGAGCAGAUCCUCGACCAGUAUGGGUCUGCAGAAAUCAGUGUUCUACCCAUGAAGGGGAUAAUGUCUCACAAAAAGACCCAUGAGGUGGAGGUCAUGGCUCAGGUCAUUGCCCGUCUAGCAAAGGGGCAGGGUGUGAACUGGCUGGUUGACCUCGGCAGUGGUCGGGGCUACUUGACAUCCUCGCUGGUGCUGCAGUACGGCCGACAGGUUGUGGCAAUAGACUCCAGCAGCUCCAACACCUCCUCUGCUCUUGUCCGUAACACAAAGCUCAAGAGGCUGUGGGACAACAUGAUGCAGACCCGGCAGCACCGGGCAGAGGGGCGGCCUGUCAAGAAAGGCAAGACUCGCAGGAAGAAGGUCGUUGCCCAACAGCAGCAGCAGCAGCAGCAGCGAGAAGAGGAACAGGAGAGGAAGCUGGAAGAUACAAGAGAUCAGGAUGCUGGAAGAUAUGAAGAAAGCCCUCCAGUUAAUCGUAGUGGCUGCUUCUUUGGGGUGACCAAGUUCAUCACAGAUGAUACAGAUUUGCUGGAGCUAGUCAGAGGUGCCGUUGGAUCAGAAAAAGUUGAAAGGAAUGGCAUUGAUUCAGUAUUAGAAAAGAUAAUGUCGGGGACCAGAAGACAGGUAGAAGGUAUUGAAGAUGCAUCUGAUGCUUUACCCCAUCCUCAAAACACCUUGGAAGGUCAGACCUGCACCACCACUCCAGCACCAGUGGAAGACCCAUCACUGGCAGACACAAAUUUCCUGGUGGAUGAGACGUCCCUCCUGGGUCUGGUUGGCCUGCACACCUGUGGCAACCUGGCCUCCAGCAGUCUCAGGUUAUUUGUAGCAAAUCCAAGAGUUCAUUUCCUCUGCAAUGUUGGGUGCUGCUACCACUUACUGGAGGAAGAGUUUUCAAAGAAUACAUACAACCAGAGAAAAACACAAGAUGAGGAUAGAGUAUCAGCCUCAUCACCACUUCGCAAAGAGAUCUGUGAAUUAAAACACACAGAAGAGGAGCAUCAUUUGAGGAAGCAGGAACAUAAUGCCCCACAGUCUUCCACAAACCAUGAUGAACGAGAUGUACAUUCCACUGGGUUAUCUCACACCACUAAGGAGUCUGCUGUCCCUCCCACCACUGAGAGGGAAGGGUGCUCACCCCCAAAACAGUCCAGCAGAGUAGAGAAGCAGCAGGACCCUCCAGUGCCAGAGACAAUCAGCAGGGGGGGUCAGGAUGAGGGUGACAUAGACCCUCUCCAUCCAUCCAGGAUCCCCAACCUUGGCCAUGGGUUUCCUCUCAGUUCCUUCCUGAGAGAGAGGAGGUUCUCCCUUGGAAGGAAUUCCCGUAUGCUGUCCUCACAGGCUACUGACCGUCUCACUCAGGGAAACAUAAGUGGACCAGACUCUCUAUACUGGCGGGCACUGCUGCAAAUGGUGCUGGUAGACAAACUUGGGGAUAUCUCGGAGUUGUCACAUGUUGGUCGCCUCUCGGGCAAAUGCCAGACCUUUACUGAAUAUGCAAGGGUGGCCAUAGCAAGGCUGGGAGUGUCCAUAAAUGUAACAGAGGAGGAGCUGGAGGAAUAUGACCGGAAGCACAGCAACACCAAAGACAAACUGGAGAGAUUCUUCCUGUUGCGGGCAUCGGUGGCUGCGGUGGUGGAGGGUGCCAUGCUCCUAGACAGACUGGCUUUUCUCUGUGAGCAGGAGGAUGUGUCGGCAUACUUGGUUCCCCUGUUUGAUCCCAUCACCUCCCCUCGGUGCCACGCCCUCCUUGCUGUCAGAGCGACAGCUCCUCAGUCAGGCCCUGAAGAGUGAGUAGAAGAAGAAACACUCACUCCAGAUUUGCUUUAUUUCCUCAUUGUUUACUCUGCCCUUCCUUUGAGAGUGGCUGAGGCAGGAGGAGGGUAACUUUUACUUAUUUAUUAUAUCGCUGGAAGACUGGCAGGAGGCUAGAAAAGGAACUGAAAGAAUGUAGAAAAAAGGUAGCUGAAUUGUUUUUCUUGAAAGAAUAUGUUGUACUUCAAAAGUGAAAGCCAGUUUAGAUUUAGAGGUGUUUUGAUAUUCUGAAAGAGUGAAGUUACAGUUUAACUUCCACCUUAAAAAGGAUGCCUGGAUGGAACUGAAUACCCGAAACUAAUGUGCUCUGAAUAGAAAUAUGAAAACAGUGUAUUCUUGUCUUGCUGAGAUUAGGUUAGUAGGGUACAAUUAAAGCAUAUAAUCUCCAGGCUGGAAAGUUAAGACUCAGGUCAGCGAUGACUUGAAACCAAUGAGAAUUAAUCAAUUCUUGAAUUGUAAACUUCCCCUAGUGAUAGGGAGUGUGGCCUCACAUUCUGCACCUAAACAGGAAGAAUACUGCCACUGUGUUUUGUGUCAUAAAAGAACAAGGAAAUUGAGGGUCUCCUCUAUAUUUCUUUACUAGGAAUCUCAACUUUGGAUAUGGAUGAGUAGUUAUUUUGUACUUCAUUUGUAAAGUUAAAAUCCUAGCACAAAAUAUCUACUUUAUAGCAGUAAAUACUUAAAGCUAUUAACGGCAUCUGAAAAAGAGAAACUAAAGCAAAACUUUGUUCCUGAAGUGUCCAGUGUGAGGGUCUCAAGUCAAAAAAAAGACUAUUGUUUUGUGACGUUCAGUGUGUGACUGGCUUUCCCAAGGAUGGAAAAAUGUUCAGCCAGGAAGAAAUGACAUGUUUGUCAGCACAGAGCAACCAGGGUUCAUGAGAUGCUUUCCUGUUUUGUAGCAAAUCCCUUUGUACACAGAACUAUAAUUUUUGAAUAAUCACUGAAUAGAUCAUGUGGGUGUUUAAAACAUUGUUAUAUAAACAGUAUUGAAAGACAGAGUUAUAUCACUGGUAUAAACUUGAAAGAAAAGACCUUACAAUGUAACAGCUGGUCUAAUAAACCCAGCAACAGUUUGAGACAAAUUGUUGCUUAAAAAUCUAAAAUGAUAUUUUUAUAUCAUUUUAUAUCAUCCCCCUUUGCUAUCAAAGGGGAUCUUAAUAAUAAGAGGAAUCAUGUCUGAAUACAAAUAAUUUUUCCCAAGUAUUCAAAUAAAAAGGAGAAUUGUUUAUCUUGAAAUUACAUUUAAAUAUAUAUAUGAAUGCACUCAAACACUUCAUUUGGAUGUAUUCAAAUGUGAAUACUCUGUCCAUGGAAUAGUUGUAAUAAUUUAGCCUUUUUCCUCAGUAUUUUAUGACUCAUUAUUAUUAGUAACAUAGUUUGUGCUGAUUAGAUUCCUGGUGGAUGCAGGUAAUCUCAGGCACCUCAGGCUUACACUAUUGUGUUCAGUGCUCACCGUCCCAAAAGGCAGCACUUUGGUAAAAGUACCUCAACUACCAGCAAAUAUGGUAAUAGAGAUUUUGCAAUACCACCCACACAUUAUUUCUUCAUAUUACCUGCUGGCAGCUAUAAUGUAAAGCUGCCAUAGUGUGUCAUCCAUCAGAUUCCAGAGCAGUUAAUGUUGUUGUCACCUCACACAGUGGCAGGGAGUGUUGCUGUGGCAGUCAGAUGACGGGACGUUGUAAUGGUGAACUGGUGAGGUUGAGUCAAAGUUGUCACCACUGUGCUCACCAUGUAGUAGUCUUCUUUCUCUGGUUCUGUUCAGUGAUGUUUAUUUCUGUAAGACUGAGUUGGAUGUGGAAACACUAGGUCAAUUAAAUUUGUGUAUUUACAAGAUUUACACCCAGCAAUGUUCAGUAGUGUAAGGCUGCCCACCAAACAAACCACACAGUGGAGUGCUGCCAACACCACUCUGCCGCUGGCACCCACUGCCACUGGUGCUAGGGGCGGCAACAGUUGACAUGUUAUCAAGUAACAAGUUUAUUGUUUUAAAAGAACAUUUACAAUUAAUAAUGAAUAAAUAAUGAAGAAAAUAUAUACAAUCUCUCCUAUUCAUAUAUCCCUCUCUACAUCCUCCAAAUAUGAAUAUCAAAUAAAUCAAACUAACAUCCACAUUUGCCUGACCUCAACACUUGCAGGCCAGGCAGAGAGGAGGAAAAUCUAACACAAUAAUAAUGAUAAUAACAAUUAACCCUAACAGCGUCCAUUUUGACUGCAUGCACUGUGCCACAAGGCCUUACACAAGGCUAAGCCAACACCAAGCUGAGAGAGCAGGGCUGGGACUGGGGAUUACGUGAGUAGGGAAGCUGAUGGAAGGGUCACCCCCACUCUCGUAAUCCCCUCCUCCCGAACUCUGCCGCCACGCCUUGAGAAGAGUGCAUGCUGAAGACUACAGCAUGUGGUGGAACACUGAACAGGUGGUGCUUCUGUCAACUCAUCCACAGAACACAAGGCUGAGUCAACACCAAGCAGCUUUGGGAAGCAGAGAGAGCAGGACUGGGACCGGGGAUUACGAGAGUGGGGAUGCUGGAUGGAAUGGUCACCCCCGUUCUGGUAAUCUCCUCCUCCCAAACCCUGCUGCUACACCUUGACUGUGUAUUCUGAAGACUGCAGUGCGUGGUGGAACACUGCUGUCACCACAUCCAAAGAUGUGGUGACAUCACAUUCUGAACUGUCAAUGCUGUUGUCACCUCAUCCACAGAAGUAUUACCACCCCAGCCAAACACAGGACUGUUGUGGCUGUGCUGUGCUGUGUGCUGCAAGAUAACUUCAUUGACAACUACAGGAUGCUGAGAAAGCAGUUGUGCAUAUUGACCCUCAUCUUCUGUAGUCCUCUAACCAUUAAUGUAGCUCACUCUAGGCAGCAAGAUGUUGAGGCAGUGAGACUUUUUUUCAAGUCAAGACAGUGAUGGGUAAGUCUCUGAGAGGCAGAGUAAUAACUGCAGCGUCAUUUUCUCAGUAAGGUCAUUUCUUACCCUUAGAUUAUUUUUUUUAGAUUUAUUUAUAUAAUGGCCCAGUGGAGGGCAAUAUGAUAGUGGUAGUGAUGAACAUCAUCUUUCAUUAUAUAUAUAUAUAUAUAUAUAUAUAUAUAUAUAUAUAUAUAUAUAUAUAUAUAUAUAUAUAUAUAUAUAUAUAUAUAUAUAUAUAUAUAUAUAUAUAUUGUAUGUAUGUAUGUAUGUGUGUGUGUGUAUCAGCAUAGGAAUUAUUAUAUACCAUACUUACCACCUCAAUGAAUAAAAAGGCGGUUUUGUUAGUUUGCAAUAUUUCAUUACCAACUGAAUAUGAGGAAGUUAGUGAAAAUAAUGUAAGACUUGCUAAGACAGUUUAACAAAACGUAUAUAGAAUCUUUUAACUUUUUUUUUUUUUUUUUUUAUGUAAGGGGCACUACUCAAGGGUAACAAAAACAUGAAAAAAGGUCCACUUGGAUGCCAGUUCCCAAAAAGACUGCCGAACCGAAAAGUCAAAUGACCUGUCUCUUCACAGGAAGGAAGAAAUUAAUAGAUGCAAACUAAGCUCCACAGUUUACCAGAAAAAGGGACGAAUGGUUGAGAAUACUUGUUUACUCUUGCAUCAGAGAGGUGGACAGAAUAGGGGUCUGAGAAAAAAAAAAGUCCUGUGCAGCGACGACGCAGGAGGAGGGGAAUCAUCCAGUUAGCAAGAUCAGAAGAGUAGUUAGUGUAAAAAUAGCGAUAAAAGAUAGCAAGAGAUGCAACACUGCGGCGAUGAGAGGCUGUAGACAAGACAGUCAGAGAGGAGAUGGUAAGACGAAAAGCUUUUGAUUCCACCCUGUCUGAAAGAGCGGUAUGAGUGAAACCCCAGACAUGUGAAGCAUACUCCAUAGCAACAUGGACAGAUAAGGCCCCUUUACAGAACAGCUGAGGGUGUGAGAAAAAUUGGCGGAGACGACUCUGAUCACCUAACUUCAUAGAAGCUGUUCUAAUAAGAGAUAAGAUGUGAAGGUUCCAGUUUAGAUUAUACAUAAAAGACAGACCGAGGAUGUUCACUGUAGAAGGGGACAGUUGAGUGUCAUUGAAGAAGAGGGGAUAGUUGUCUGGAAGGUUGUGUCGAGUUGAUAGAUGGAGGAAUUGAGUUUUUGAGGCACUGAACAAUACCAAGUUUGCUCUUCCCCAAUCAGAAAUUUUAGAAAAAAAAAAAAAAAAAAAGGCGCUCUGUGGCUUCCCUGCGUGAACUGUACUUCCUGAAGGGUUGUAUUACUAGUCACGCUACAAAAUCGUGAACCCACUGCGUGCCCUUUUUCCACUAAGCCUUCCGCCUCUUUGUGAUCCUUGCUGGAUUAACUUAUCGGCGUGUAAAAGCUUCCAUAUUAAAGGCUGCACUUGACUUUAGGAAGGGGAUCAACUUUAAACACCUUUCGGCUAUGCUUCUCUCUCUCUCUCUCUCUCUCUCUCUCUCUCUUGCCUCCUUCUCCUCCCCGUCCUUCUCCCUCCCUCUUCUUAACCUUUUUCACCCUCCACAAAGGAAUACAAAUAAUCCAAACAGAGAGAGAGAGAGAGAGAGAGAGAGAGAGAGAGACUAUUUAUCCCUGCUUUCGGGAUGCUAGACACAGGCGACAGCUAUUUUUUUGCAUUUAGGCAGUGUUUAUUUGACUUUCCGAGUAAGAAAAAACAGUAAAUAUUAAGGAAAUAAUUUACAACUUCUGGAAAAUAAGAGAAACCGAACUAAAUCAGUCACUGUGAUAAAACCAACAAGGAGAGAACGGGGAAAAAAAAUGUACUUGGAAUUGGCCGCUGCAAAGACACUCCCUACAUUUAAUAGAUCUCUUACCUCCAUUUUUUAUUUUAUUUAUUUUUUUUUUAAUUCCGGAUAUAAAACAGGUGCUGGUUAUUUUCUUUCUUGGUUCGGAGAGUUAAAGACAUUCCUUGGUAAAUCUUCAGCUGUGUGACGACUAACGUACUCUCCUCACAGUGAUGGGGGUAGCGGUGGCAGGCAAGGAUUGGUUGGCAGGCAGGCGCAUUAUCCUUCUACUUUAUGCAUUGAAGGAGGCUCAUUUAUUUUUAUUUUUUCUGUAUACAAUUCUUACAAGAAAUAAAAACACAGAUCAAGUUUCUUUAUUUGAUUAUAUAACGACACGUGUUUUCAGUUUCGACAUCUGCUGAAGUUAAGUAAAGUUUUUUGAAUAAACAAAACAUACGUAUACCUGCAUUUUCUUUGAUAAAAAAAAAGUGUCGUUAUUUAAGUAAUAACUAAGUCACAUCUUUAACUUGCGUUUGAUUUUAAGCAUACAAUUAUAAGUGGUAGUAAUGCGUGGUAAUGUUGUGACACACGAGCCUGUGGAUGUGGAUUCUUGGAACCAAUGGCUGGCGUCACAUUACCAAAACAAACUUGAUCAAAUAAUGCAACACGAGCGCACAUCCCCACAAUAAUAUCCAGUUCAUGUUUACUGUGCUAAUACUCUAAAUUGCGUGAGAAGUGUAAGAUAGUACGGAAAUAAGUGAGUUAGUGACAUGGAAAGUGACAGUGAGGGAAGCGAGGCACCAAUCCCGAGGCGGGUGUUAAUCAAUAGGCACGUCGGAGGAGUCCCUCAGGAGGAUCUGCUUGGACCUUCUGUUGACAGAUGCAGUGUCACACAGGCAACAAGAGUACCAAGGUGCUGGUGGUGGUCCUGGUCACACUGGCGUCCUGCAUCUCCCUCGCCCCAGCUCAGAUACACUGGAACCGUGGAUGGGGCGCAGGCGGUUCUAUGGGUAAGCGAUCCCCAUCUUCGCCUUCAUCCGCCACCUCCUCCAGCGUCGCCGGCGGAAGACUAGAGGUGGUGGGAGAGGAGACAGGCUUUCUCUCUACCCUGGACUGUUCGGGUGAUCUUACUCAUGCCUAUAACUUGCUACUGAAGGUCAUUGAGACCGAGGCCUCAAGACUGGCAGCCUGUGAGCUCCGAAGUGAAGCUGUCGCCUCUCCAGUCACAGGGGAGCGCGAGGGGCACCUCCCACGCGCCCUCCCCUGGUGGAAGUCUUCCUCCACGGACCAGUAACUCCUCCACCUCCAGGCAGCCCUCCUUCCCUGUCUCCACGAAUUGCUGCACUAUUGUCAUCCCUCCUCUCCCCUCCCCUCCACAAACCCGUUACAUCCUGAUCAGGUGCUCUUGUCCUCACCAACACCGCCAGCACCACCACCACCACCACUACCUGCCAAGAUGGUGUACAAGUAUAAUUCUUGACACUUUUUCUCCCUCCCUCCCUCCUUCUCUACCGCUAUCAUGCGGUGGUGGCGGCGGCGCUGCACGGGGCAAGUUUCAGGUGUGGUAGUGUUGGGGUGUGGUGGUGGCCAGGCUUGGUUGAAGUGUGCAGAGUUGCGAUAUGUAAGUUUGGUUGGGAUGGUCGUGUGUGGUGGAAUUGUUGUAAAGACGCUGAUUAAUUCACGGCUGUUUAAGUAUGUCAGUGUUUAUUAUUGUCUUCAUUUUGUAUUAUUAUCAUUGUUAUUGUUAUUUUCCUACUUGCCGCCAUCGACUUACUGAAGGUUUUUGCCACUAAGUGUUAAUUAAAUGCGAGGGAAGGUAACAGCCAUUGAGAUUUGAGGAAACUGGUGAAAGAUUUAAAUGACGUAAGAAAUGAAAUUGUAUGUGAUGAAAUGAAGGUUUUGAUUAGGUAACUGUUAACGUGAGAGAAUUUGUCCAGAAUGUGGAAGUUUUUAUGAUUCCAUUGUGAUGCAGAUAAUAAAGUAACUAGGCUCAGAUAAGCAGAUUAACUCGCCUCACCUGUGUUGACCAUGUGAUGAAAUUGACCUGUAAACUGAAAUUAUAUAAGGGGAUCAGCCUUACCUGUAAUCAAAGUACGUGAAGUUGACUACGGAAUGAUAAGUUGUAGCGUAGCAGUAUCACCUGUCUUUAGCACCGGUGUGUUAACUAGAUGUUCAAGAGCUUAAGUAAAUUGUCUUGUGUUGCUUCAUUGAUAUUCAGAUUACUGUGGCGAAAAACCAGACUGGAAUUGAAUUAUGGUGAAAAAAUAAAGUUGAACCACCAUCAUCACCAUCACCGCCAUCACCACCGCCACUUCCCUGUUUACACAUUCCAUAUAUUCUCCACUUGUUUUAUUUCCUUCUCCUUUUCCUCCUCCUCACUACUUAAAAAAACAAGCCAGCUGUACCGCCACCACCACCACCACCACCACCACCACCACCACACCAAGCUUUCCCACCUUUCUACGUUCCUCUUUUCCUCUCCUUCUCUCCUUUAUUUCCUCCUCACAUUCCUCCUCUUUUUCUUUCCUUCUCUUUCCCUUUUCCCCCUCUGAUCAUCCUUACACAUACGUCGUCCCCCGGUGUAUCUUACGAGCGACGUGAGGAGUGUAGGUGGAGUGAGCUGAACGGCGCCUCCUCGUCUCACCACCUGCGGCAGGAGUUGAGGCUGGCUCGCUGCGUGGUGGGUCUCGAGACACUCUGUAAAAGGUGCACGUGAAGGAUGAAUAAAGUCCCUUCAGAUUCA